AAGUGGCACCAGGAGUCAUUUCCUGGUGGUAGGCUCUACUGGAGCCUGGAAACGAGGAGCUGCCUGGAGACUUGGGGGUCUUCUCUGCCUGUGAGCCGCUCCUUCCAGCCCAAGGGUUAGGGCCAGAAAGAAGGAUGACUUUGGAGGCAAAAGACUGACCACUGUGGUUAGCUCCUGAGAGAACCUCCGGUUUCCUCCGUUGCUCCCCUCCCUUCGGAUACUCAUCCCAAAAUGGCUCGCCAGCUUUCAUUCCUGUAACUGGAACGUGGGGGAACCCCUCAGCCCUUCCUGAGCCCAGCCCGCUGCAAGGCUUGAAGGCACACUUCGGGGAGACCAGGUGAGUGCGGUUCCCGAUGGCAACGCCUGGAGUCCCUCCCCCGAACCUCUCCCUUCUGGCGCCAUGGCGUAGACCUUGACUCCCGGGCCGCCGGAGUCGCCAGGGUCCCAAAGCCUCAGGGCUGGGCAAGCAAGGCAGCGAGUCACAGCCCCCUCCUAGGCGGGCCUUCGUGUCCCGCCCCCGGCCACCACUCGACACCCUCCUCGCCUGACGUCAGGGGGUUGGGGGCGGAGAGCAGCGGCGGCAGCGGAGAAAGGACCGGCGCCCGGCGCGGUGGAGCACGGACCCCGAGCUCAGGGGCGCCGAGAGCGGUGCUGGGACCGCCGGGGCGGUGGCGCGGGACAGCCUAGGCGUGCUGGCGGGCGCACGCGGGCCAGAGCGGCGUGGGGAUAGGGGAGGACCGCGGCCGGAGCCCGAACGCGAGGGCGGCGCCCAGGGAUUCGAGCUGCACCGAAAAGCAGGGCUGCUGGACUGAAGUUUAGAGCCUGGGCGGUUGCCAUGGCCCCACACUGGGCUGUCUGGCUGCUGGCAGCAGGGCUGUGGGGCCUGGGCAUUGGGGCUGAGGUGUGGUGGAACCUUGUGCCCCGGAAGACAGUAUCUUCUGGGGAGCUGGCCACAGUAGUGAGGCGGUUCUCCCAGACGGGCAUCCAGGACUUCCUGACCUUGACCCUGAGAGAGCACUCUGGGCUUUUAUAUGUGGGGGCCCGAGAGGCGCUGUUUGCCUUCAGCGUAGAGGCUCUGGAGCUGCGAGGAGUGAUCUCCUGGGAGGCCCCGGUUGAGAAGAAGAUCGAGUGUACCCAGAAAGGGAAGAGCAACCAGACCGAAUGCUUCAACUUCAUCCGCUUCCUUCAGCCGUACAAUGCCUCCCACCUGUACGUCUGUGGUACCUAUGCCUUCCAGCCCAAGUGCACCUACAUCGACAUGAUCACUUUCACCUUGGAGCGGGGAGAAUUUGAGGACGGGAAGGGUAAAUGUCCCUAUGACCCAGCUAAGGGCCACACUGGACUGCUUGUGGAUGGUGAACUGUUCUCAGCCACACUCAACAACUUCCUGGGUACAGAACCUGUCAUCCUGCGAAACAUGGGGCCCCACCACUCCAUCAAGACCGAGUACCUGGCGUUUUGGCUGAAUGAACCCCACUUUGUAGGCUCUGCCUACGUCCCUGAGAGUGUGGGGAGCUUCACGGGGGACGAUGACAAGGUCUACUUCUUCUUCAGUGAGCGGGCAGUGGAGUAUGACUGCUAUGCCGAGCAGGUGGUGGCCCGUGUGGCUCGUGUCUGUAAGGGAGACAUGGGGGGCGCACGGACCCUGCAGAAGAAGUGGACAACGUUCCUAAAAGCACAGUUGGUGUGCUCAGCCCCUGAGUGGAAGGUCUACUUCAACCAGCUUCGGGCAGUGCACACCCUGCUGGGUACCUCUUGGCACAACACCACCUUCUUCGGGGUCUUUCAAGCGCGAUGGGGUGAUAUGGACCUGUCUGCAAUCUGUGAGUACCAGUUGGAACAGAUCCAGCAGGUGUUCGAAGGUCCCUACAAAGAGUACAGUGAGCAAGCCCAGAAGUGGGCCCGCUAUACUGACCCAGUCCCCAGUCCUCGCCCUGGUUCGUGUAUCAACAAUUGGCAUCGCCACAAUGGCUACACCAGUUCUCUGGAGUUGCCUGACAACAUCCUCAACUUCAUCAAGAAGCACCCACUGAUGGAGGAGCAGGUGAGGCCUCGGUGGGGCCGCCCCUUGCUUGUGAAGAAGAACACUAACUUCACGCACGUGGUGGCCGACAGGGUCACAGGACUUGAUGGCGCCACCUAUACAAUGCUCUUCAUUGGUACAGGAGAUGGCUGGCUGCUGAAGGCUGUGAGCCUGGGGCCCUGGGUCCACAUGGUAGAGGAACUGCAGGUGUUUGACCAGGAGCCAGUGGAAAGUCUGGUGCUGUCUCGGAGCAGGAAGGUGCUUUUUGCUGGCUCCCGCUCCCAGCUGGUUCAAUUACCCCUGACUGACUGCACAAAGUACCGCUUCUGUGCAGACUGUGUCCUUGCCCGGGACCCCUACUGUGCCUGGAAUGUCAACACCAGCCGCUGUGUGGCCACCACCAGUGCUCACUCAGGAUCCCUUCUGGUGCAACAUGUGAUGAACUUGGACACCUCAAAGAUGUGUAACCAGUAUGGCAUUAAGAAAGUCAGACCUACUCCCAAGAACAUCACAGUAGUCACAGGCACAGACCUGGUUCUGCCCUGCCACCUCUCAUCCAAUUUGGCCCACGCUCGCUGGACCUUCAGAGGCCGGGACCUGACUGCAGAGCAACCUGGCUCCUUCCUCUAUGACAGAGGACUCCAGGCACUGGUAGUGAUGGCUGCCCAGCCCCGCCACACCGGGCCCUACCACUGCUAUUCGGAGGAGCAGGGGACAAGACUGGCUGCAGAAAGCUACCUUGUCUCUGUCGUGGCUGGCCCGUCAGUGACCCUGGAGGCCCGGGCUCCCUUGGAAAACCUGGGGCUUGUGUGGCUAGCUGUGGUGGCGCUGGGGGCUGUGUGCCUGGUGUUGCUGCUGCUGGUUCUGUCCCUUCGUCGGCGACUUCGAGAAGAGCUCGAAAAAGGUGCCAAGGCAGCCGAGAGGACAUUGGUGUACCCCCUAGAAAUGCCCAAGGAACCAACCAGCCCCCCGUUUCGUCCCGGCCCCGAAACAGAUGAGAAACUUUGGGAUCCCGUCGGCUACUACUAUUCAGAUGGCUCUCUCAAGAUCGUGCCUGGUCAUGCCCGGUGCCAGCCUGGGGGUGGGCCCCCUUCUCCACCUCCUGGCAUACCUGGCCAGCCCCUGCCUUCUCCGACUCGGCUUCACCUCGGGGGUGGUCGGAACUCAAACGCCAAUGGUUACGUGCGCUUACAGCUGGGAGGGGAGGACCGAGGAGGACUUGGGCACCCACUGCCGGAGCUCGCCGAUGAACUGCGACGUAAGCUACAGCAGCGCCAGCCACUGCCUGACUCCAACCCAGAGGAGUCCUCAGUAUGAGAGGAACCCCCCCACCCACCUCAUUGGCGGGGGGUUUCGUGGGAGGUACACUCUUAACCUUUUGCACAGGCACCAGCUACCUCAGGGACAUGGCGGGAGCACUUGCUUGGCCUGGGACAGACAUUGCCCAGCAUUUGCCCAGCCAUGAGGACCUGCUCAGCGUGGGCACUGCCACUUGGUGUGGCUCACCAGGGCACCAGCCUCACAGGCGGCUCGCCCUCCUCUGUGAAUUUCAGACAUGUGGGACCCCCAGCAGCCAAAACUUUGCAAGGCAGAAGUUUCAAGAUGUGGGUGUUUGUGCAUAUAUGUGUUGGUGUGUGUGUGUGUGUGUGUGUGUGUGUGUGUGUGUGUGUGUGUGUGUGUGUGUGUGUGUGAAGGGUGCGCGCAUGCGUGCGUGUGCAUGUGUGUGUAGGUGUGUCUCUGUCAAGUCUUCCCUUGGCCUGGGGUCCUCCUGGUGAGUCUUUGGAGCUAUGAAGGGGAAGGGGGUCAUACCACUUUGCCUCUCCUACCCCCACCUGUCCUGAGGUUGGGACAGUGAUGUACAUAUGGGGAUGGGAUGGACAGGGUGUUGUACCCCUUUGGGGGGAGUGCAGGACUCAGGGGUGGGCCUUGUCCUGCUCCUAGGGCUGUGAAUGUUUUCAGGGCGGGUGGGGGAGGGAGAUGGAGCCUCCUGUUUCAGGGGGAAGGGUGGGCAGGGCCUCCCACUUGGCCUCUGGGUUCGGUGGUAUUUUAUACUUGUGCUCUUCCGAAAGGGCUGGGAAAGGUUGUUGGGGGGGGAGGGGAGGGAGAAGGUGGGCAUGCUGUGGAUACUGGCAUAUCCUCUCCCAGCUCUAGGAAAAGGGCUCCUAACAGUGUAACUUAUUGUGUCCCCGCAUAUUUAUUUGUUGUAAAUAUUUGAGUAUUUUUAUAUUGACAAAUAAAAUGGAGAAAAUGAAACUUAA